AUGUGGAAACUCACAAACAGGGGAGCAAAUGUGCUUGCUCAAACACUUUUAUGGUCUGGUGUAUCUAAUUUAACCGGAUCAUUCCGGCUAUACAAGGAAUCGGUGCUUGAAGACGGGAUUAGCUCAUGUGUGAGUAAAGGGUAUGUCUUCCAGAUGGAGAUGAUCGUUCGUGCUACCAGAAAAGGAUACCAUAUUGAAGAGGUCUCUCUUUAUAACUUUUGA